UGUGAAAGGCAGCGUGCGUAAUAAUGUUUAUGGCGCUGGAGCCGCAGGGAACGUUGUUUUUCUCUUCUUGUUUAUUGUCAUAACUCUUACAUUCCUCCCCGGUCCCAUACACAGGAAAAGAAACUACAAAUCUAAUCUGCAGCGACCAUAUUUUGACAGUGACAGCUCUGGAGCAGAAACAUGUUGAGCUGACCACAGAGAGAGAGAGAGAGAGAGACACCAUGCUUCCUGUCAAGUUAACCAGCCAGUUCACCCUGAACACCUUGAGGAGGUUCCACCACGGGACCUGCCACUCCUACCUCUCUUCCUUCUCUAAUUCCUUCCCCCACAAGGAAGGAAGGACUGGGAAAAGUCCCCGCUGUGACUCCAGUGUGCUGAGACGAGUGCUGUACAGCCACAGUGCCAUCCGUCCGUCAGUCAGACCAGGUCAGGCAGGACUUCAUGGGAGAAGAGCGAUCAGUAUUUCUGCUGCAGCAGUUGUGAACUCAGCACCAGCGCCUGUGCAGCCGUACCUCCGGCUCAUGAGACUGGAUAAGCCUAUUGGGACUUGGCUGCUGUACCUCCCCUGCACAUGGAGCAUCGGCCUGGCUGGUGACCCCGGGUGUUUACCGGACCUCGGCAUGCUCACCCUGUUUGGUGUCGGGGCUCUGCUGAUGAGAGGAGCCGGCUGCACCAUCAACGACAUGUGGGAUAAAGACUUUGAUAAGAAGGUUUCCAGGACAGCCAGUCGACCCAUCGCCACGGGUGAGAUCUCUCAGAUACAGGCUCUCGUCUUCCUGGGGGGGCAGCUCUCUCUUGCACUUGGAGUUCUGCUGUGUCUCAAUUAUUACAGCAUCGCUCUUGGUGCUGCUUCGUUGUCUCUUGUUGUCACCUACCCGCUCAUGAAGAGGAUCACUUACUGGCCUCAGCUUGUGUUGGGCCUCACCUUCAACUGGGGAGCGCUGCUCGGCUGGUCGGCUGUCAUGGGCUCCUGUGAUUGGUCCGUGUGCCUGCCGCUGUAUUUCUCAGGAGUGAUGUGGACACUGAUAUAUGACACUAUCUAUGCACAUCAGGACAAAGAGGAUGACAUGAAGGUCGGGGUGAAGUCUACAGCUUUGAGGUUCCAGGAGCAAACCAAACCGUGGUUGAGUGGUUUCGCCGUGGCCAUGAUGUCGGGACUUGUCACGACUGGAAUCAACGCCGAGCAGACUCUUCCUUACUAUGUUGUGCUGUCCGCAGUGGCUGUUCACCUGGCACGCCAGAUUUACACAUUGGACAUGAACAAUCAAGAGGACUGCUGGAAGAAAUUUGUCUCAAACAAAAACCUUGGACUGCUGUUGUUUUUAGGCAUCGUCACUGGAAAUUUGUGGAAAAAAAGACGAGAAACUUUACUGCAAAAUGAGGAACUGCAAGACAUCAGAUAAGUGAGAUAGUCUUUUAUACAGAACAAAUCUUAUUUAUUAUACUACAUACAUACUACAUUGUUAUCACUGUGUUUUGGAGUUUUGACCCAAAAAUAAAAAUCAUGGACAGAAUAACAAUUUGUGCCACAAACUUGUUGAUUUACAUUUGAUUUAACUUACAUUUUGCUUCAACAUUCAAACCAAGAAACCCUUUGAAUAUAAUUUGAAUAUAAUAGGAGUUGAAUGGUUAGUAUCUGUUGUCAUUCAGGGAAUAAUAUAGCCAUUACCACAAGGAUCCUACAUCACUGCCUAAUAAAUUAUUUUGGGAUGUUACAAGAUGAAAAGCAGAGUUAUAUUUAAAAGUGGAAACAGACCUAAGUAGGUUGCAGACAAAAGUCUCAAACCGGACAUAUCUCUAAAUUCAACCACUACCACAACACACGUAAUAAUCAUUUGCGUGUUAAUCCAACUGAAACAAGUGUACAGCAGUUUCCUCCAUGUUGUGGUAAGCUUUGGCUGAAAGUGCCUGUGUAUCUUGUAGUCUGCUUUCACUGUUGCAGCCCAGGACAAAAACCCUACAAAAUGACCAAGAUGCAAACCAUGCCACCACGCUGAAAAUCCAAAAGUCAUUAACAACGGGAAAGUUUUGCACCUCAGGAAAACCAGUCUACGCAUCCAUGAAGCCGUUGUGGUGUUCCAUCGACGAGCGAAUUCAGACACGCGGCUCGACGUCUCGAUGGCCCAGGGAUCUCCAUCGGACAGUCCGCUCCAGUUUGGGGAGCUGCCUGAGAAACUGGCCCAAAAGCCAAGCCCAGCCGCGUUGUUGAGGCACUCACUGAUCCUCCAGUGAGAAUAAUAUCGGAUCCUUAAAUCCACCGCCAGACCCCAAGCACAUAGGAUGCCACAGAGGACGCUGGAGUCGGAGGGAUCAAAAGCAUGAAGCUUCAAGAAAUACACAAGACAGUGCCUGACACUCUCCAGCAAUAACACCUGCAUCACUUUGAGGGAGACCACACCGAGUGGGUUAGGCGGAGGGCUGAGGCUGAUUCCCUCGAUUAAAGACACAAAUUGGCUGUAGGAGCACAAGGGGCCCCCGAGCAGAGUGGUGAAGUUGAGGAUGUAGCUGCAAAGUGGGAGAAACAAGACCCAAGCCCUCCUUUGUCGUGAGAUGUGAAAGGGCAGUAUAACUCUUUCCUCCUGGACGUCCAUGGACACCGAGGUGAUCCUCUGAGUGAGCAGCAUCGUGGAGGACACUGCCAGAAACAGCCUGAAAGUACAAGCUCAUUGUGUCACCAUUCACUUAUGAUUUAUUUUGUGCAAAACAAAAUAAAUCAUGUUUGUACCCAGAGGUUUAAACAGAUACACAUUCGAAACACUUAUUUUUCCAGUGUUGUUCUUGUUGAAAAAAUAAUGGUUUGAUUUCAAAAUGAAAGCACUUUCUAGCAAAAACUGGUACUUUAAUUUACUUUUGAUAACAGUUCAAAAUACGUAAUUACAUCUACAGAAAUGCUUUUAUGUGGUAAACAGUUGUCCUAAAGUAGUUUUUUUUUUCCAAAGAUGGUUUGUACUUUGUCAGCAAUCUUGUGCUAAAGUGUGUUUGAGGGCAUGAUGGAUAGCUCAUCUGGAAAUUAAACUCUUUACAUAACGGGUACAAAUUAAACACUGAAAACAGAAGAGUAAAGAUUUACGCUGUGAUAACUCAGGCAAGGUUAGUACCUGAAAUGGAACAUUUUUUAGUUUCUGUGUACUUUUAUUGUUUUAUAUAUGUUGUAAACCGGGUGUUCUCGGAAAAGAGCUUGCUGUCAAGGCCUUCUCUGUUAAAAUAAAGGUUACGGUGAUGAUGAUGGUGAUGAACUGAAUCACUUGCAUGUACAACCAAGCUGAAUAAUUACACAGUUAACCUAGGAUGAGGUCAUGUCACUGUCCACCCUGCUGUAGAAGUUUGAACUGAGGUGAGAUUAAUACCUGAUGCUGACAGGCUCAUGUAGGUAGUAUUCCUUGUACUGAAUGAGCAGGUGCCAGGAGGUUUGCCACAGCAUCUGGAUGCCAAACACCCAAGAGUGGACAUGGCGAGGACUCACAGAGCAUACAAGCAACAUGAAGACCAGGGUGGAGGCGAACAGGAGCACGCUGUAUGUGCCCAUGGUGACGACUGCCAGCACGCAGCCUCCAAAAGACACAAACAGGUACCUGUUGAUAAACCAGCAGUGGCCAUGAGUGCUAUGUUUUCCAUAUUUUCCGUGUGCAAUAACUUUUGAUUUAUGCCUGUCUUUUACUGUUUUUAUUGUGUGUAUAUUAUGCUAUUUAUUUAUUGCCUGAUAUUGUCUUCUCUUACCAUGCAGAGGUGCAGACCCCAAAUUUAGUUUUGCAUCCUUGUACAAUGACAAUAAAUGCUAUUUGAUUUGAUUUGAUUUUCAAACUGCAAGUCAAACCCCUCAUAGACCCACUGAAACAUUUUCAAAGAAAUUCAGACUGUCAAACUCAGAGGUUCAGCAACAUGUAAUACUUUGAAAUAAAGUCACUGGUAGAUUCCUGAUUAUGUAUCACAUAAGUAAAUCAGCUGAUUUGUAAUUAAAUUGGCACCAUACUGACCUGGACUUCACAGACAGGUAUCCCUGUGUUGCUAGAAAAUAGAACAACAGAGCAAAUGGAAGUGACACAAAUUGAUGCAUCAAGAAUUGAUGUUGCUCCCACAGUAGGUUCGUCCAGCCCAUAUUACAGUCGCUUGGUGAAUAUUAAAGAGAGAUGAACAAAACCAGAGACGUUUGAGCAUUUGGUGCUGACUCUCUGCCGUUAAAGAGGUGAAAUAUUUGUUUUUCCUGGGCUGAUAAUCUUUUCCAUUCUACCAGUGGCUGGCAUCAAAAUAAUCUCUAAUGUUUAUCACUGCAAGUAAUGUUUGAUCAGGAAGCCAUUUGUGGAUCCAUAUUUCUGCAGCUGUAGCAACUAUAAGGUGCAUGGUUUUUCAUUUUGUAAUUGCAGAGGACGAUUAUUUACUGAAUGUAAUUGGGUAUUAUUUUAGGGGGAAACUGUUAGUGUUACAGUAGGUCUGUUGGCACCUUUAUUUAGAAUGACUAAAAUUUUAUUACAAAAUUUGGCACUCACUUCGGCAUGCCUUUUGAUGUGCAUUGUUUUUUGAUGCAAAAGUAGGCUUUAGAUAACAGCUGACACAUGCAAAAAUUGCUGCAAUUGGCUGGUAUGGAUUUUAAAUUUCAUCAGUGACUGGUUUGAUAUGAUGUGUAAAUAACUGUUAAGUCAAAUAAGAUCCGAGUAGCCCUUAGCCACUUUCAUUUUAUUCAAAAUAGCUCUCUGGAGAAAAAAAGAUUGGAGACCCCAAUAACAAGGUCAAUAACAAGCCAAGUCUGUAAAAUUGAGUUUUAAGAAGUGAUUUAAAAAGAUUACAUAAGCUAAAGAAGCUUAAAUUAGCAUCUAAUAAUCAGGCGUUGGUUUUUCGCUGCUGGCUUUGCAUUGGCAGACAGAAUCAGGGUAAGUGCCAAGCUCUGCAGGGCCACAGUGCCCUGACAUUAUUACAGUGAGCCCAGGGUGAUCAUGUAAGGCCCAGGAGGGGUAAAUAAGAGCAAAGAAAUAAGAUAGAAGAGAUUUUCUUAACCAAGUUAGGAGAGGAGUUGUUAGAAGUCACCACUAGUGUUUAGAUUUUAUUUUGGCAAAUGUUAUCCCUAUGAAUUCCACUCAACUUCAUACUAUUCUUCUAUGGCAGCAAUGCAUUUAAUUGGUUAUGAGUUAAACCGUUGGUGGGGUAUUUUCCUGAAUUUCACUAC